ACAAUGGAGAACACAACGUGGGUGGUCAACCAUACUGGACGAUCAGAUUUUGACUUGGUGGGACUCUUCAGUCAAUUCAAGUAUCCAGCUCUCCUUUGUUUGGUCAUUUUUGUGGUUUUCCUGAUGGCCUUGUCUGGAAACACCAUCCUGAUCCUUCUGAUACACUAUGAUGUUCACCUUCAUAACCCCAUGUACUUUUUUAUCACCCAGUUAUCUCUCAUGGAUGUGAUGUAUAUUUCUGUCACUGUGCCUAAGAUGCUCAUGGACCAGGUCAUGGGUGUGAAACAUAUUUCAGCCCCUGAAUGUGGGAUGCAGAUGUUUCUCUAUCUGAUGCUAGGAGGUUCAGAAGUUUUCCUUCUAGCUGCCAUGGCAUACGACCGCUAUGUGGCCAUCUGCCAUCCACUCCGUUAUCCUAUCCUCAUGAAUCAUAGAGUAUGUCUCCUCUUGGCAUCUUCCUCCUGGUUUCUGGGAUCUAUGGAUGGAUUUGUGCUCACACCCAUCACCAUGACUGUCCCCUUCUGCAGAUCCCGGGAGAUCCACCAUUUCUUCUGUGAGGUCCCUGCUGUAAUGAAGCUUUCCUGCUCAGACACUUCGCUCUAUGAGACACUCAUGUACCUGUGUUGUGUCCUCAUGCUCCNGAAUAGAUAG